AGAGAUGAGGUGUCACUACGUUGCCCAGGUUGGUCUUGAACUUCUGGCCUCAACUGACCCUCCCACGUCGGCCUCCCACGGUGCUGGUUGAAGGGUGAGCCCAGGGUGGCCACAGCACAUUUUCAUCAUUGUCUGCAGCUUGCAGUCUGCUGGUUCAGGGCUCAGCCGGGCACGUGGGCCCCUCCUUGGCUCCUCCAGCUCAGGCCUCCCCUCGAGCUCUGGGCCCUGGGUAUUCUGGGCUCCUUCCUUGGUUUCCUUUGGCCUUUGGCCAGGAAAGUGGUGGGUGUCCGAGGGAGCCUGGGCCACUUCACAGCACCGCAGCCGACCUGCGGCUCCUUCAGGGCAAAGCUGCAUGGACACAAAGAGAACGCCCCUCCGAGCUGGCCUCUCCCUUUACCUGUCAGUUCCCUCCCAAGCCGGCUGCCUUCUGUCCCCUCCCCAGAGCCUUGGGUAACUGGUUUGCUACAGUGUGUCUGGAAUUUUUCAGUUCUCUGUGGAAGGGAGUUUUUUAAAGGUCCUUAAUCCCCUCUUGACAUUUGUAAGUUGACGCUUACACCCGGUAGCCUUGCUGAAUUCUGUGUGCGCGAAGGUCAGUUUCCACCGCGAGUCACAAUAGAAAACCCACUCCGUGAAAAAAGACCCGAGAGGACCGCUGCCCACACCUCCGUUCAGCAAACAAACCUUUGCAGGUGUUCAUAGCAGAGGCAGAUUCCACGCUGGGAAUAAGAGCUCACGACAUUCUGGGAGGGGUUUCAGGGGCAGGGAGGGGGCCUCUGUGGCCCCAGGUCAGGAGCAGCUCUUCCCUCAGCAGCCAGCAGCCAGUGCAGACUUGUGGUGAAGACAGCUCCCACUUUGCCAGGCCAGCAAGCACCGGGGGCAGCUCCGAUCCAGGCGACCCCGCGGGAAGGGGUGUGCGUGUGCCUGGAGCUGGCCCCCGUCCUGCCUCCCUGACCCGUGCGCUCGUGCUCCCACAGACCUGAGACAGAUGGCUCAUAGCCUUGCGAGGCCCACACCGAACUGGGGUCAGGCUUGUGGCUCCCGGGAGUCCUGUGUGGGCUUUGUGGCCGCCAUCCAGAGCCUGCUGACCUGCAACUGGGGGAGCGGGCACACUGAUCCCUGGGUUUCACCACCCGAGAAUCAGAGAGUGGGAUCCCGUGAAACCUGAGCCCGGGCUCCCACCCACGCCCACCGAGGGCAGCUUUGCCUUCCUGGGCACCCCUCCUCCCCCAGGUGGCUGGGCCUGGCCCGCUGCCCGUCCAAGGCUCCUGCUCGGGGUCUCCACCCACACAUUCCUGCGGCGUGAGGCUCCACCGCUCCCUCCUGCCCCGGGCAAAGCCAUCAUUUGUUCCCUUUGACAGCCCGGGAGGCUGCCAGGCUCUCCACCCCCACUUCCCAGUUGAGGAAACGGAGGCAGAGGCCUAGGUGUGGCCAAUCACCCUGCAUGUCAGAGUUACCCUGGGCAGGACCCACUGAGACCUGGGAGGGGCCACUUGGGACCUGGAGGGCUGGGGGCUGCCUGGGCGUUAGGGGUAAAGCUGCCUACCCAGAAGGCCUCGGAGGCCUGGGGCUGGGCUCCUCCUUUCACAUCACCCUUUGGAGGACCACGUGUGGGCAUUGGUCUGAGACCUGAAAGGGGCCGUCCUGUUCCCCGUGGGCGCUGCCAGCGCCACGCACUCCUCUUUCUGCCUGGCCACUCCCGUCUGCUGUGGACGCACCGGAGAGCUGCCGGCGGACCCACGGUGCCUCCCUCCCUGGGAUCUAGACAGACCAUGGCCUUGCCAACGGCUCGACCCCGGUUGGGGUCCUGUGGGACCUCCGCCCUUGGCAGCUUCCUGUUCCUGCUCUUCAGCCUCGGAUGGGUGCAGCCCUCGAGGGCCCUGGAUGGAGAGACAAGGCAGGGAGCUGGUCUGAGCCAUGUUGAGCAGGCCCUGUGCCCCCAGGAAGCUGCGCCCCUUGAUGGAGUCCUGACCAAUGCACCUGACAUUGCCAGCCUCUCCCCACGCCAACUCCUUGACUUCACGUGUGCGGAGGUGUCUGGCCUGAGCACAGAGCUUGUCCAGGAGCUGGCUGUGGCCUUGGGACAGAAGAAUGUCAAGCUUUCAGCAGAGCAGCUGCGCUGUCUGGCUCACCGGCUCUCUGAGCCCCCCGAGGACCUGGACGCCCUCCCACUGGACCUGCUGCUAUUCCUCAACCCAGACGCAUUCUCGGGGCCCCAGGCCUGCACCCACUUCUUCUCCCGCGUCACGAAGGCCAACGUGGACCUGCUCCCACGGGGGGCUCCUGAGAGACAGCGGCUGCUGCCUGCGGCUCUGGCCUGCUGGGGUGUGCAGGGGUCUCUGCUGAGCGAGGCUGAUGUACAGGCUCUGGGAGGCCUGGCUUGCGACCUGCCUGGGCGCUUUGUGGCCGAGUCGGCAGAAGUGGUGCUACCCCGACUGGUGCGCUGCCUGGGACCCCUGGACCAGGACCAGCAGGAAGCAGCCAGGGCAGCUCUGCAGAGAGGAGGACCCCCCUACGGCCCCCCAUCAACGUGGUCUGUCUCCACCCUGGACGCUCUGCAGAGCCUGUUGCCUGUGCUGGGCCAGCCCAUCAUCCACAGCAUCCCGCAGGACAUCCUGGCCGCAUGGCGGCAACGCUCCUCUCGGGACCCAUCCUGGCGGCAGCCUGAACAGACCGUCCUCCGGCCGAGAUUCCGGCGGGACGUGGAGAGGACAACCUGUCCCCCAGAGAAGGAGGUCCGUGAGAUAGACGAGAGCCUCAUCUUCUACAAGAAGUGGGAGCUGGAAGCCUGCGUGGAUGCAGCCCUGCUGGCCGCCCAGAUGGACCGCGUGAACGCCAUCCCCUUCACCUACGAGCAGCUCGACGUCCUAAAGCAUAAACUGGAUGAGCUCUACCCACAAGGCUACCCCGAGUCUGUGGUCCGGCACCUGGGCCACCUCUUCCUCAAGAUGAGCCCUGAGGACAUCCUCAAAUGGAACGUGACGUCCCUGGAGACCCUGAAGGCUCUGCUCAAAGUCAGCAAGGGGCAUGAAAUGAGUGCUCAGGUGGCCACCCUGAUUGACCGCGUUGUGAUGGGAAGGGGCCAGCUAGACAAAGACACCGUAGACACGCUGACUGCCUUCUGCCCCGGGUGCCUGUGCUCCCUCAGCCCCGAGCGGCUGAGCUCCAUGCCCCCCAGCAUCAUCGGGGCGGUCAGGCCCCAGGACCUGGACACGUGUGGCCCGAGGCAGCUGGAUGUCCUCUAUCCCAAGGCCCGCCUUGCUUUCCAGAACAUGAGCGGGUCCGAAUACUUCGUGAAGAUCCGGUCCUUCCUGGGUGGGGCCCCCACGGAGGAUUUGAAGGCUCUCAGUCAGCAGAAUGUGAGCAUGGACUUGGCCACGUUCAUGAAGCUGCGGAGGGAAGCAGUGCUGCCGUUGACUGUGGCUGAGGUGCAGAAACUUCUGGGACCCCACGUGGAGGGCCUGAAGGUGGAGGAGCAGCACAGCCCCGUGCGGGACUGGAUCCUACAGCAGCGGCAGGACGACCUGGACACACUGGGGCUGGGGCUACAGGGCGGCAUCCCCAACGGUUACCUGAUCCUAGACCUCAGUGUGCGAGAGGCCCUCUCUGGGACGCCCUGCCUCCUAGGACCUGGACCUGUACUCACCGUCCUGGCUUUGCUCCUGGCCUCCACCCUGGCCUGAGGACCCUACUCCCUUGCUGGCCCCAGCCCUGCUGGGAUCCCCGUCUGGCCAGGAGCAGGCGUGGGUGGUCCCUGUUCCACCCCAGGAGAACUUGCGCUCAGUAAACGGGAACAUGCCCCCUGCAGACACGC